AUGCUCCCUGUCAUCAGAGACUUCCCCGAGGCCUUCACGAGGUCAAAUUGCCCUACUCCGGAGAAGACAAUCAAGGAGGAUCCAAUCUUCGCUGCCAAGAUCUGCCCGGAAUGUGAGUCUAUCAUACGACGGUAUGAUGCUCAAAAGCGAAACUGGCAGAGACUCACCCAAGAACCACCCGCCAAGGGGCCCACAACGAAGAUGAUAAUCGACUCUCUGCUGGGCAAUUGCAAAGCUGCGAUGGAUGAAACCGGUCACUGGAUCAAUCAGAGCAAAGGACAUCGUCCAAGUGACCAUGCAUCAAGCGAUCCGAAUCAUGCCGGGAGCGACCACGACAAGGCACCGAGCAGUUAA